AUGGAAUUGAAGACAGAUAAUUUGAAGGCGCAGCUUAGUUCAUUUAGUGAUAAAGUGCUAAAAACUCCGCAACAACUUAAAUGCAAACUUUAUACGGGUCCAAGAACAAAGGAUAAAUUUGUGGAAGAUCUUAAAUCAAGGUUCGAAGCAAUACAUGGUUGCAGUAGUCGUUUAGUAAAGGAUUGUAAUAAGUUUGAAAACAACACCCGCGCGCUAUUGGAACAUUUUGAGCGUAGCAUUGAAAUAUUUGGGAAUAUAUAUGACGUUAAAUUCACAGAAGAUGAGAUAAGAAGGGAUUUCACCAGCCUUUCUAAAAGAUUUAAAAUCAUCAAGGAUAAGAUCGAGGCGGAUCUACCAAUAUUCGAACAUAAUGUCAUUGAACCGAUACAGGCAUUUCACACGACUUGUGGUAACAUUCAAAAUACGAUAGAUAAAAGAGAUUUAGCCUCGUACAAGGUAGAUUCACUAAGGCAUAAGCUAACUGGUCUCACUCCACAAAAGCUCCGGACUCCUGGGCUCAAGUAUGAGAAUGAGAAGAUUAAGAUUGAAGGAAAAUACGAUAAAGCUUUGAAAGUUUACGAGCCAUUAAAUGAACAACUUCGUUCGGAACUUGGGAUCUUCUUACAAAUGACCAAUAAAUUCUUUCAAGACUGGUUCUUGAACCACUAUUACAUUACAUAUUCGUUUUAUUACAACAUGUACACCUUCAUUGGGACAUGUUCUGAGGUUCGCCGUAUCGUAAUGGAGACACAAAACUCUAACGGCGUAGUUGAUGACUUAUCGCCAAAUUCACUGCAAAUGCUAGAGUACAUUGACAUUGCCAAUAGUAGAUUGGUGAGCCAAUUCCACGAACAGUUUGAUGGAGCAGCCACUGAGGUGAAACAUCUUGGCAUUAUAGAUUACGAAUUGUUCUACAAGAGGGUAAGUUUAGACGCUAAGAAACAGGUGAGCACUGAGCAAGAUGAUAUAGCGACGUACAAUGACCCAUACCAAAAACAUAGUCCCCAAUAUUGUAAAGCAAUUGCAGAUUUUGUCCCAACAGAAGAAGACUCUGAAAAUAGUUUGUCUCUUCGAAAGGAAGAUGUGAUUAAGAUCUACAGGAAGGAAGCCGAAGUCUGGUGGUACGGACAAUCACUACGUACCAAUAAAAUCGGCUACUUUCCAGUACAAUGCACUACAAUGGAACAUAUUUGA